AUGACAACAGUCCAUGCAGUCACAGCGACUGUCACGCAGUUGACAACCACAACUGUGUCGGUAUGUGCUGCUCCGACAAACGCCGGUAUCUACAAGCGCUCCGCGCUCGACGUGAGGUCGAAGAAGCACCCCAGGGCUCUCCGGACAUGGGGCUGUGAGCCCGGAUUCGUCUGCAAUCAGCCUAAGCCUGACGGCUGCAAUCUUUGGGCUGAAGCGCCCGGUUUGGACUUUGAGUGUCACCCUGACUGGUGUGUCCCUGCUCCAUAUAUCCCUCGCGUCGUCUGGAAGAAGAACGAAACUGGCUACUUCCCGCCUGUUGAGGGAUACUUCAACCUCAACCCCGAGGAUUUUGGCUUGAGCUAUGGCGUCUUCGAACUUCAGCCUGUCGUUGUUUUGAAGGCAGAUGGCAGAUUAGCAACCAGCUAUACUGGCGACUGGGCUUCUCAAGCUACUAUCACUGAACGCACAAGAUCAACAGCUGUGCCAAACUCUAGGGCACGCUUUGUCAAAAGGCAGGUGCCAGGCUCAGAUACUGUUCCAUCCGAAUGUUUCAGCUUCUGUGAUAGUGCCUAUCUGGAAGCGCAGCGUGUUGGUAGGGACCCAGAGCUUUGCGAACCGGGUUCGGUUUUCUUGGAUAUUUUGGACGAUUGCAAGGUGUGCAUUGCAGACAACACCGAUGACACCAAGUAUGAAGAGAUAGAGAGGGUCUAUCUGGAGCCAAACUUCCGGCCAUGGCUUGACUACUGCGACGCUUUGAGUCCAGUGCCCAUCACCACCACCACAAGCGGUGAGCCACAGGUGACCGACACAGCGACUGUCUCAACAGACACUGGCCUGCCACCCAACACCAGCACUGGUUUUGAUGAUAUCACCACUUCUGCUACCACGACGUCAACUGAGGAAACCUCAACACCCACUUCUACUCCGACGUCCACCGAUGAGACGACGUCGACCACAACCGACAGCAGCACAGAAACCACAACCACCGAGACAACAUCCACAACUUCCGAGUCCACCAGCUCCACCGAAACUCUCAGCUCCGAGACCACCAGCUCCGAGACCACCAGCUCUCCCAGCACCACCGAGACCACCAGCUCUCCCAGUACUGAGACGACGACAGAGUCUCCCACCACGGAGACCACCGAAGUCCCCACAUCGGGUGGCUCAGAGAGUACGUCGUCUCCCGAUGUUACGACUAGUACGGACGCUCCGUCCACCUCGGAAGACGGCCCGUCCGCUACUACAACUACGUCUCCAUCUAUUGCUUCAUCCACCACUCCACCCACUUCCUCCUCCUCCUCCUCCUCCACCAUCACCUCCUCCUCCACAUCUUCAUCCGGCUCGGACGAUUCCAGUUCGACAUUCCCUGACACCACAGAUGACUUACUUACAUUCACAGCUUCCACUUUCUCUACAGGUACACUCCCCGGCGAGACCAGCGGUGGCGGCGAUGACGGUGGUGUCGUACCCACAGACACCCCCACCACCAUCACCACCACCACCGCCGGCACCGGCGGUCUAACGCCCACACUACCCACCGGCCCGGUCGUCACCGCGGCUGCGGGCAGGAUGGCCAACGUCCCCUCCCUGGGAGGACUUGGUAACAUCCUAGCCGGGAUUUUGUUUGCUGCCAUGUUGCUCUGA